CGCCGGCGUACGGCUCCGUGGCCGAUCUACGAAGAUGCCGACCUGACUCCGGAGAAGAGAAGUACACGGAACACUCGGCCUACUAGCAGAGCGCGGUACGAAUUCGCGUGGGUACGAGGUGCCGGUAGUGGCAUCAUCAGCCACCAACAGAGGUGGCACCCAGCUCCCCCACCACGCCACGCGGUGUGCCAGCCUGGACCCUCCCACCCGUCUCAACGAGGGCAAACCAUCUCGCAAAAAUCGUCCCCCUUUCCAUGGAAGGAAAAGAACUACGGCGACGACUCUGCCACCACCACUGUCGAGCCGACCGUUUCUCGUCACUACCACCACCACCAUCGGCACACUACCAUCGUUAUCGCCAGCGCCACCGUCACUGUACCGCCGCCUCCUCCUACACCGCGAUCAACCGUCAUCUCGCGGAACGGGGAUACCAGAACUUACGGAUUUGGAUCGCGUUGUUCGGUCCUUCGAGAAACCCGCUACCGCGUACAGGUUGUUAUCGCCAGGAUCGGCCGUACCUCGGCUUCGUGAGGCCCGAUCGAAAUUUCGAUGUCAGUGACGAUUUACGAUACAAGUGCGCGUGUGAAUAGUACUCGACGGACCAACGAUUAUACCUGAUCUCGCCACGGGUAUAUACUCGCUAACAAACGAGUUUCCGCCAACUUCGAAUCCGGAGGAACCAGUCGUCGUCGCGCGGACACGCGGCGGCACCUCUUCUUCUUCUACCCUCUCUCUGAACAGGAGCGAGAGAACGCGUAUGCAUACAUGUGGACGCACACGCGCGCGAAUCACGCAGAGGACGAAGACAGAAGUGCCGAGAGGGGUUGUACACGUGUGAACCGAGCCAGUUGGUAGUUACUUGUUUAGAGUGCGCACGACUCGGUGCGGUGUUAACUUACAACUCGUCGCGAGUCGAGAAAAUCGUGAUCGACUCUCGACGACCUGUUCUUAAAAAAACCGAGGUAAAUACGGGUAUUACCAUUUUGUGAUUGCGCCGAGUGCGAACCGGUACGUGUGUCGAAGGAUUCUACGGACCGAGGAAAAAAAAGGAGUCACGGUGUGCGCGAACAAGUCGAUCCUCGCCUUUCCUUUUUCACGAACGUCUCUCCUCCGUCACCAUCGCUCGAGUUCUCGACCUACCACUGUUUCCCUCUCUAUCUCUCGUUUCGCCGCCUGUCCGUCCCUCUAGCGCUUCCUCUCGCUCGCUCCUCCCUCUGUUCCGUCUCGCUUUCUCGUUUCCUCGCUCUCUCUCUCUCACCCUCUGCAUCGCGCUUUCUUCGUCGUGCUCGCCGUUUACGUACCUCCGCCUUCCUAUCCGCCGAGCGGAGGACUGGAUUCCGUCGAAAAGAAACGACGAUUCGGAGGAUAGUCGCGACCGAUCAUAGCUGGCGCGCCGAUCGGAUCAAACGGCGUGGAGUUGCGAGCAAUCGUCAUCCACCGGCUCGUAUACACGCAUUAACGCGUGACGUGUUUGUGCCGCCUUCGUGCCCCGGUAAUCGGUUCACCGGGUUCUAGUGUCCACGUCACCUGGACAAAACGAUCUUUGUCUCUCCAGUGAUCAGUGCGUGAACUCUACCCGUUUGACUUAUGCUUGUCAUCGCGCCGUGAAAGACGAGUCCUGGCGAGAAACCGACAGUGUCUGCACCGGGUGGGUGCCUUGUGGUCGGAGAUCGGCAAACUGGUCCUUGCUAUUGUGUUACGACUCUGUGACAGUGCGAGUGUAUACGGCCUGGAGAACACCUCCUGCGGGAUCGAGUACUAUCGAGUACUAAUAAAACGCGCGCCUCAGUGAAACCUGUACCUACGAUAUCCUCCUUUUUUCUACACCGCCUUUUUCAUCCGUCGUUUGUGACUCCGCUCGCUGCGAGACCAACACCAUUUGUCGUCAACUUUUUCACGGUGCUAACAGUGAAACGAUACGGGGAAAGAAAAGUGUUCUUGAUACUUGUUCUCGAAUGACUCGGUGAGACCAAAACGCGACACAGAUGUCACGGUAUGAAAGGAUGAACGCGUAGCGGCGCUCGACUAUCCGGCCCUGAGUGGCCGACACAACAUGUCACAGUUCUCUUUCCGAGGAUCGCCAAAUCUACAGCGGUAACCUAACGUGAAAACGACUCGACCUGGUGUUGCAGUGUCCUGUGACAGCGAGCUCGUCGUUGACGUCCUCAUCGGCCUCGCCGGUGUCCGGUGCGAUCCUGAGCGCAGGCGGUUCGUCGUUGGUCAGCGUAGCGGCCACCACCACGAAUCAUCCCUUGGGCGUAGCUGCCGGUCUGUCGAACGCGAGGAUGGCGGUGACCAGCGCGGUGGUUAGGCCACCAGGAAGUCCUACCACCUCGGUCAGCCCGUCUCAGGGUCAUCCGCCGCCGACGACCGGCGGCCCAACGCCGACCGGAAGGUGUUGCGACACUGGAAGACCGAUCUUCACCGAUCCGUUGACGGGUCAGACCGUCUGUUCCUGUCAAUACGACCUUCUCGGCGGUUACCAACGACUCGGAGGUUUACCGACGGCAGCGUUGUCCAUGUACAGCGCACCUUACGCGGCUGCGGCCGCGGCCGCGGCCUCCGAAGGCAUGGCGGCGUACUUUCCGAGCCUCGGUGCGGAACAGGCACCCUUCUACACGCCCACGGCUGCUGGCCUCGAUCUGAAGGAAAAUCUUGGCGCAGGAGCCGCGGCAGCAUGGCCUUAUCCAUCCGUCUACCAUCCUUACGACGCCGCUUUUGCCAGCUAUCCCUUCAAUGGUUAUGGCAUGGAUCUGAACGGUGCGAGACGGAAGAACGCGACGCGAGAGACCACGAGUACUCUGAAGGCGUGGCUGAACGAACACAAGAAGAAUCCUUAUCCGACAAAAGGUGAGAAGAUCAUGCUGGCCAUCAUCACGAAGAUGACUCUGACGCAGGUGUCCACGUGGUUCGCGAACGCGCGGAGGCGUCUCAAGAAGGAGAACAAGAUGACGUGGGAGCCGAGAAACAGGGUCGAGGACGAGGACAACAACAACGAGGACGACGAUAGCGGGAGGAAGAGCGUCGAUGAGAAAGAUCGGCUAGACUCGAAGGAUUCGGGUACCGGGUCGAGCGAGGACGGCGAACGGCCGGCGCACCGGAUGGACCUUCUCCACAGUACUAGUGGAGGGUCCACCGGGGUCCAGGGCAGAACGGAGAGCGAGUGGAGCGAGUCACGGGCCGACAGUGGACCAGACAGUCCGGAGUGUCUGUACGACCAGAGAGAGCCCAGGCAUCCGUUGCAACUCCAGCACCCGGCGUACCUGGCGUCGGCUCAUGGUCGGCUACUGCGUCACCCGUCUCCGGAGAGCACCCCACCGAGUAGUCACCAUCUUCCACCCAGCACCACCGCCUCGUCGACAGGCAGCGGGGUCACCACCAAGCCCAGAAUCUGGUCCUUGGCAGACAUGGCGAGCAAAGACGGCGAACAGCAGAGUCCAAACGCGACGACGAUGACGGGUCUGCCGUCUCCGUACAGCGGAAGCGGCGGAGGCGGUGGUGGAGGAGGUGGAAAGUUGGUGAGCCCUCUGGCGAGUCGUUUACCACCCCAUCAUCCUCUGCACCCUGCGAUGCACUCGGGCACGCAGUUCGUCCGACCACAUCCGGACUUCUACCGGAAUCUUUAUGGAGCCUCCCACCUAGGAUCCGGGGACAUGUCGUUGUUGGAGACGUACUCGAGGACUCUGGGCGGCUUGAGUGGCGUCAUGCCACCCUCCACAGCCCCCAGUAUACUGACGUCCACGUCGUCGGCCGUGUCCGCUAGCGGUAACGUUAAGCCCUUCACGAUCAACGGAGGUAGCGGCGCUCCCGGUGGACCCGCCGUUCUUCUCACUACAGCGACCUCGGGACUGUCCCCGUCCUCCUCGUCGACGGCAUCCUCCGGUGGGUCCGAUCAGUCCCCUCAUCCCAGCGGAAGUUUGCCGCCCACGCAGGAGCUCAAGUCUCCGGGACGAGUGUGAUUCCCGUGAACCAACGAAGGACUAAUAUAAUUGAAAUUUCGAGAGACGGAUCGCCGCGCAGCCAUUCGACUCUGUGUGGUGUGGAUGACAAUAAUAAGAGACUACAAUCUUGUAAUUAGUGUACAGUAAUUGAACGAAGAACUUCUGAACGAGAUACAGAUUAUCGACCCCUUAUCCUCAAUUUCCUGGCCCUCACGACUCCUAGUCUGUUUGUCUUCGUAUUUUCGAUUCCGCUUCCCGCAACUCCCGCUUCCUUUAUCCUUUAGUUCCUACUCUCUCGUCCUCGGUUGUAAGCUCUCCUCUGUCUCUGACGGGAAGAAGGAAAAGAAGGAAAAAUCGUAGGCCGGUUUAUCUUCGUAGCAACAGCGAUUGAAAAGAGAAGGAGAACUCUAUUCCUAGGCGUGUCUACUUGACGAGUAAUAAUAUACAUAAAGAAUACUAUAUAUAUAAAUACACGAUGAUAAUAAUAAUAAUUAUUUAUGCGUUUGUAAAUAGUAGAGAGGGCCCAGUAGAGAGCGUCCGGCCAGUGUAUGUAUUGUAUGUAGAGUAGCUACAAUAUUAUUAUUAUAAUAUUUGAGAUCAUAAUUCAUACUAACGACGACGAUGAUGAUGAACAUUAUUAUUAUUAUUCUGAUUAUUAUUAUUAUUAUUAUUCUGAUCAUUAUUAUUGUUAUUGCAAUGUUUAUAAUAUUAUCGAUUCACGUCGACUCGGUCGAUCAUGACGAGGUAUGGAUCGUCGAUCGCUGUGACAGAUUACGAAGGAUACGUGGAGCGCAAAGAUCCUUGGAAGUCGAGUUCAAAGUUUAUUCUUUCGUAAGUAUUAUUUAUUUAUUCGAUUCGAGAGACAUCUCCUCAAUCGGUGAUGAUUCGCAAUCGACGACACCGUAUCGAGGAUUUUUUGAUCUGCUCUUUCUUUCGGUUGCAUAAAUCGAUCUUUCGUUAUUGACGCGUUUCCAUCGAACUCGCUCGACUCCGCUCGUAAUCUGGCAGACUUAGAAUUCGCGUUGCGCCCCGCUGUCGCGACAAAAAACGAUCCGUUUGCAAGAUGUACCUUGAACCCGAGGAAAAUAGGGUAGACAGAGAACAAAAAUACACAUAUAGACGUACUAUCAGAGCUGGGAAAUCCUCCUGGGCGAGGCGCGACGUUCGCAGGGCGCGGCGACUGUCAACAUAUCAUGUCAUGUCGAGAGUGAACGAUCGCCAUCACCUUUUAGUCAUUCGUGUCCAAAAUUCACGCGAGCUCGCUGAUGCCACAUUGGCAGAUGGCUCGCAGACUGUGUCCUUUCGCAAUAAACGAGUCAUUAUAAAAAAAAAACAAGAGAAAAUACGUUUGGGAUACCUCGUCAUUCUGUUUUUCCCAUCUAUUCGUCCCCCUUUGAUCGAUCGU